AUGGAAAUUUAUCACCAAAAAGUGGAAGAAGCAAAGAAGAGUUCAUUACCUAGUGAAGACAAAGAGUUGCCAAGUUUUUCUCUAGGUUUGACUCAAUUGAACAAAGAUUAUGAUGACAUUGAUGCGCAGAAUGCCGACAUGCCUAAUUUUUCACUCGGAAUCUCACAAGUAGACACUGAGAACAAUGAAGAUGCAAGUCAUACGCAUCAUCAUGCCAAUGUAUAUGCAACUCCUUCACGUAUGAACCAUACAGUGAGUAAUUUACAAGGUAAUGUAUGUAAUUUAAUCUUUGCUGAGAGAGCUGAGGAAACAACUGAAAUGAUGAACUUUGAGAAUUUCCCAAAAAGGCAGCUUGAAAAAGAUCCUGGAAUUUUGUUGUCGCUAUUUUGGAGGUCUAAUCCUAAUAAAAUGAGGAGAGUAAGUGUUAGAGAGAGGUUACUUAGUGACUAUGUGUUCAUGCCUGCUGUGGAUAACCGUGAUGACAGUAAGAUAAUGGUUGAUAUAGAUGAUUUUGUAAUGUGUUCGCGAGAAGAACUAAAGACAAUGAACGUUAAUACAUAUGUAGAUUGUAAAAUUAUAGACGCUUGGGCAGCUAUGCUGAACGCUUUAUUAGAUAAUGAUAGGCAUGGAUUUGAAAAGGACAAGCCACUAAAUGAUUUUAUUGAGAGAUUGGACGAUGAAUUUGCGAUUCAAUCUAUAUCAAUAUCGGAGCUGAAGAAUACAAAGCUAGUAAGAGCUAGAGAUAUUCCUAAGUGGCCAGUUGAAGUUCUUUCAAUGCCAUGGCAAGACUCUAGUAAUGGAUAUGAUUGUGCAAUCUAUUGUAUGCGCCAUAUGCAAACUUAUUAUGGAGACAAAGGCAAAUGGGAAGUGGGACUGGAUCUGAAAAGGUCCAAGGAACAACUUCAGACAUAUAGAAUAAAGUAUUUGGCUGAAAUUCUCAUGAGUGAACUGAAGAAUUGUAGAGAUGAAGUAUUGAAAGAUGCUAACGAAAUGUAUAAAAUUGCAAGAGCAUCAUCUCCAAAUCGUAAGGCUUGA